GAAAGCAAAUCCUUUUUCCUCUGUGCUUGUCCUUCAGAAGGUACGAGAACAGGAAGGGGAACCUGGCCCCCUGAUGGUUUACAAGGUUGUUAUCAAUAACUUUUUGAACCAAGAGCACCAUUGGAAGCCCUCCAUAGGGAUUACGGUGCUGCAGGCAGCGCAUUGGGAAAUCCUGGUCAGUAUCUGGUCUUGGGCAAAGCGUGCAGUGCAUGAGCUGCUCUUGAUGUGUGAAUAAACCCUUCGAUGUGUCCGGUUAGAGCUUGCUAACGUGGUGGUGCUGGAAUGCAGACUACGGGCUGUUCAGGAAGCCAACAACCAUUCCUCAGUUUUUUCCACCCAAGUGUCUGAGUAUCGCUUUGAAACCGACCCUAAGUAUCUUUCUAAGUCUUAAUGAGUGAUUCAUCAUUUAACUGUGUAAUGCAUGUGAAACCUGUUCCAGUUCCCAACUUUAUGAUGCACUUUUAUUUCUCAAGAGGAAUAGUAGAUACUCAGAAUUUUGCAGGUGAAUCAACAUACUGAAAUUGAUCUUAGUAGUGCUAAUUCUGUAACAUUCUGAAGCAGAUUCAUAGCAUGAAAUAAGGUAGUUCUGAGCCUAGUGAUGUGAGCAUGAUCUGCGGAGGGUGUUCUUGUGAAGGCUUUCGCACCGCAUAUGUCCAGCCAGCUUCCUGGCGUGAUGAAAGUAUUGCUUGAAGGUUUUUGUUAAGAGCAGCCACCAUCUGAAAGUAACUUGAUCAAAAAGAAGCUGAGCUGUUGUGGCAUUUGGCAGGGGUUUUUCCUCUGCACUCUUGUCAACAGAGGUCACUUCCAGCUGCAUAGAUCCAUGUUUGGAUCAGGGAGGGGACAGAAACCAGGAUGUGCUUUGUUUGCAGACAACAAAGAAACCUUUGGGCAUUGAAUAGCAGUGGGAUGGGAAUUGCACUUCAGUUCUUCCGUGGUUCAGCAUGGAUGAAGUCUCCAACCUUUUUGGACCCUUUGCUCAAUGUUAGCUGCAGCUGGCGAGCCUUUUACAUUUUAAAUAAUUUGUACAUCUUCCUUUUGUCUCUGGGGUGCCCAGAUGAAAAGAAGUAUGCACCUUUAAUAGUGGCAUGAAGAGGAAUGUUGAAUAGAAAAAGCUUGUAGGACAAGAAGCUGUGAGUGCUUUAAGUCCCUCUGCUGCACACCUGUUAUAGGUACAAGAGCCUUGGUCACUUUUAGAUCUGAAUGCCCUUUACCAACCUGGCAUCCUGCAGAUGUGCUGGACUAGAGCUCUUAGCAUCCUCUGGCCAGUCAUGCAGAAUUGGCAGUAAUGGGAGCUGUUGACACAGAAUAAAUACUGUCAGUAGAUUAAUAGUUCUGAGAAAAAUACAUACUGUCUGAUAAGUUAAAUAAUUUUUUUUGCUAAUACUUCCCCAAAUAGGAAGGAUUUUCCGCUCUAUCCUAAUGGAGUGAGUGGUAGUGAAUUAAAAUUGAUUUUAAAAAAUAGUGUUGCUUUACCUCAUUGAGUGGAAUGACACAAACAAGGAAGUGAUCAAGUGGCUUUGAGAGGGGCACGUUAAAUGGGUGUUGUUAUUUCUGCUCUUUAAAAUAUUAUCCUAAGUUGCUUAUGUACGGUGUCUAAAAGUUGCUUGGCCUGUACAAAAUUUGUCCCAUGCCAUUCUGCAACUCUAAGCCAGAGAGACAGUUCUUGUGAAAUCUGUUCCUGACCAGACCUUCAUAUUUCUCUUCAGUGGUGAAAUAUGAGUUGAAGUAUUGCUAAUUAUUUAUAUCACAGCAUCAGUAUGCACAGCUCUUCACAGAGCAGAAAAGGACAAGUCCCUGUCCCUGAGUUACGUAUAAUCGAAAAUCUAACACAAGGGAAAUAAUAGAGAAAAGGGGGAACAUAAAACAGGAUUACACAAGAAAUUAUGUAACCCUGCCUUUCAAUUCUAGUCCUACAAGUAUUUCCCAAAAAGAAUAAUGCAAUUACAAAACCUUAUUUUUUAAGCUACAAAAUACAGUUUUAAUGUUUAGAUUUGGUUUUUACAGGCUUUGUUGUAGCUGGGCACGGGAACCUAGGGACUGAACUCAAGUCUUCACAAGAAAGGCAACGUUUGAGAAGAGAUUUGAAGAAAGUUGAGUGGUGACAUCACACAGGUGUUUAGGGAGGUGGUUCCAGGCAUGCUGACCGGAAGGGAGAAAGGUCUGUCUUCAGUGGGAACACGAGGCCUUCAAAUGUUUCAGAAUAAUAGAGCUGGACAGUCAGAAGUCUUGAGCAUCAUGUAUAUAUCAAGAUAGAAGAAUGGAGAUAAUGACAGUGAAGGUUGUGCUAACUCCAGGCCCAAAAUGUUCAGCUCAGCAAGGACAUGACUCUGGCCAGCAAUCGUAGCCUGGCAGAAGGCAACCUCCUGUACCAGCCAAAGCUGGAUGGUCUGAAAGCCACCUUGACGCAAAAGUACCAAGAACUGCAUCAUCUCUUCGAAGCAUAUCAGAUAAAGAAAACCAAGCUAGACAGGCAAUCCAGCAAUGCCUCCCUGGAGACACUUCUAGCACUGCUUCAGACGGAAGGGGCGAAGAUUGAAGAAGAUACUGAGAACAUGGCCGAGAAGUUUCUGGAUGGCGAAAUUCCGUUGGACACCUUCGUUGAUGAAUACCAGAACCAAAGGAAACUGGCCCACCUGCGACGUGUUAAAAUAGAAAAACUCCAGGAGAUGGUGCUGAAGGGACCAAGGCUGCCCCCAGUGCCGCCGCAGCCAAGGGUGACCGAAACGCCGCCAGCACAUCACCCCCCGGAGGCCAACACUCCUCCCUCUGUCGUGCCUCGCCGCAACCCCCCUCCGCCGCCGCCGACAGCAGCAGCCUCCCCGGGACGCUUCCCCACUCCGUUCACGGCCGCAGGGAUCCCAGGACCAGCCGUCCCCUAUGCAGGUGUCCCGUACCCACUGCUUCCCCCGCGAACAGGAAUCCCCUCCAUGAGUCAGGGGCCGCCAGCAGGGUACCCAACCCAGUUUGCACCACAGUGCCCCCCCGCGCUGCCCCAGAGACCUCCACCUCGCCUCCCGCCAAAUCCUGGCUUCAUUCUACAUUGAGGACACCCUCUCCUAACGUUCGUAUGUUGGUGCUGACCUUUUUACUCCUCAGCUUCCAGAAACAACCCGGGCUGUGGCAAGUCUCCAGUGCUUUGUGCCUAAGAGUACAAGAAAUUAAGCUUGAAAACCGGUGUGUCAUCAUAUCCUGCAAAUGUUUUUGUUUGUUUGUUUUAAAGAAUCGACAUUGACAUGAACCCUUCUUUGGAAGGGUGGUGCAGCUGUUGCGGUGGGGUCUUACCUAGGUUUGAGAGGAGAUUUAGCCCAUGCCUGCCAUUUCCCUGGGGAUCUCGUUUCCUUUCGUUGCUUGACUUGGAUAUGAAGAACUGCCAACAAAUUCCACGGAAGAAUCCCUGUUGCACAUGCGCUAGAAGUACGGAACCACCGCGACAUGGGGCUAGCUUGCAACGACUGUGACUCCAUGGCUGUGUUUUUGGUACACAGCUUCUGUUUAAAAAUUAAUUUUGUAAUUUUAGCUUAACCGUGGCGAUAGCACCUGACGUGGGGACAAGUUGCUUCCAUUGCUGAUUUAAUCAUAUUCAUUUCAGUAAGUGACUGUAGGGGUGUCCCUGGAUUGCCUUUUAAAGUGCGUGUAUGGCGAGGGGGGAAUCUGCCUCUUUUAAAUACGUUAACCUCCAGAAAGCCUCAGGAUUACACAAAUUAGUCAUAAACGGAUCUGUAUUUCCCUCCUCUUGAUGGCUGACUUGUAUUAGAAAUACACAAUCUGAGCCACUGGAGAAUGUCCCUACCAUUUUCCCAUUAUGAUUCCUGAUAUCAUCCUCUUACUAAUUCCACCUUUUUAUAUCUAGAUCUCUUUUUUUUGUUGUAUGGUGCAGAUGAUGGCUCUCUUCUCCAAGUUUCCUUGUCAUAACAUGAAGGAUAUGCACGCUUCUAAAAUUCUGGGUUUGUGACAUCUUUGUGUUUCAGCAAGUUCCAUCAGUCAUAUUUUGGGGUGCCCUUGGCAUCUCUCUGAUUUGGCUACUUAGUUCCUUCAGCUCAUUAUAUCACUUUCCGGUGCCAAGCCAAGGCUCCCCUUCCUCAUCGUAACUGAUAACCUCAGGCGAGUUCGUGGAGCCGGAGAGACCCUCGUUCCGCUUGCAUCUCUCUCUCAUUUCAAACCUUUUGCUUGCUCACGCUAAAGGACUUCUUCCUUGAGGCGACGGGUGAGGAGCUUGUGGCUCUCUUGGUGGCCUACAGAUCCCAUCACCUGUGCCCAUUGCCGAUGCUGGCUGGGGCUGAUGAGUGUCGUAGGCCAGAGCACGUGGAAAGCCACGCGAGACUUGCCCCGCUUUAUAUAAAUCCUGCCCGCUAGGUUUUUCUAUAAUCAAUAGAAAAUUUUGCAAUUGCAGCAUCUUCAGCGUUUGACAUUGAGUGCUGCUUUAAUCCUUCUAUGGCCGGCUCCUGGCAUGAGAUGGUCUGUGGCAUCAGGGCAGACAGUGGCUAAAGAAUAUUCUGCAUAACUUUUCCCUGCGUAGGGGUUCCUUCCACAAGUUGGGCAGAGUGGUAAAUUCAUUUAGGGUGCAAUUCUCUGCAAAUGUAGACCCAAAAAAGGCCCCUGUUUGCGGGCCUUUUUUCUAUUUAAAUCCACAUGGAAUGGUGUCCCUAGAGGAUCUGGAAGGUCUUGUGUUUCAGCCGGGUCGAAUUUGGGUGGAAUUCCAGUGGGGUGGAACUUGCCGUUGAAUUUGGUAGAAAACCGUUCUGUUUAAGCACUGAGCCUAAAGAUUUCAAGGUAAAUCAUCCAUGAUCCCAGCCCAGGAAACCUUGUGGGUAGCUGGAUUGUAAGCUCUUGCUGCCUUCCCUCUAAAAUGCCCAGGAGCUUGGUAAGAAACAGAUGUGGGAAUUAAGGUGACUCCUCAGAAGGGAGCAAGGCUCAGGGUUGAAAAACGUGACCGACCAGUGUCUGUCGACUGCUGUCUGUCAGUGCAAGAGGGCAUCACUAGUUCUGAUCCCAAGCAUUUUUCUUACUGUUUGUGCACAGUGUCUUGAUUUUCUAUACGGCUGCAAAUUUGUUGAAGGACAACGUGCGUGAAACUACUGCCUCUUUCUGUUUUCAGUAGCCACCACAGUUUUCAUGCAGCUCCUGGAGGGCCCAGGUACUGAAUUCAGUCCUGCACCCAGAACCUGAUCCCAGCCGUUGAAUUAUAUGUUGUUGCCUGCAUCAUUUGAAAGCAACUGGAAUGAGUAUGACUUUAAAACCAGUGACCAUGAUCUAACCUUAAAUUUGGGGCUUUUCCUUGGGCAGUGUUUCAUCUACGUGGAAUAAGAUGCUGAGCUUGCACUGUGUUGCUUGAGAGUGUUCUGAAGGUUAGCAAAAUGAGCCUUUCCAAAAGAUUAGGUGUUCUUACAGGGAGCAGAAUUGCAGAUUUUGGAGUAGGCUUGGGCUAGUUUUCUGUUUUGACCUUGUCACAUGUGAGAGCAGUGUGGAAUUCUGGCCUUGUACUUCCUGAGCCAAUGCGUAUGAUUUUUUUAAGAAACACGUGGCUGUUUCUCUCCACCACUGCUCCAGCCUGAUUAGUUAAGUGGUUAUCAGAACUCCUAGCCAUGAACUCUGCUGAAAUUAAGGAACAAGACCCAAACAGUGAAAAAAAUUUUUUGGUUGUAGAAAUAGCAAGAAAGCAAUGUUUAGCUACCUAUACUUGAUUCCAGAUUCAAGUAGUAAUGCAUUUUUGCCUGAAUAUGUCUUCCAGUCUUAAAUGGAUACCUGAUCUGAAAAGAACCACCCCUAAUUUGUGGCAGGGAUACAGCUUUCAAACUAAUCUGCAGCACUGUUCUAAGCAGGGGCAUCCCUUAAAACACGGAGAGUGAGAAAUCUGUAGUGCAUCUUGAAUCUGAAGCCAAUUAUGAAACUAAAACUGAAACAUGAGUAGUCAGCUCCUUAAAUCUGGCUAGCCAUACUUCCUAAAGCGGAGGGAGAAAUGGGCAACCACACAAUGCAGAUUUGAAGUGCGUAACUAUUGUAGCAGCGUGUCGUUUACUGGCCUACUGUAAAGUUUUGCUGAGGGCAAUUUUUGGAGACUGCUAACCUCUCCAGAAACAACUCGUGCAUGCUAAUCGGGAUCGUCACGUAUUCUCUGCUGAUUUCUUUUAUCCCUCCUUUCAGCACUACUUCCUACCAGCCUGUGAUUCACACCCUAUUUGUGAUGACAGCAUCUAGGUGCUGCUAGUUCUCUGUGUUACCUCAGCUAUGAGGAAUUUAUAUUCUGUCAUAUUUAUGGUGUUCAGAUCUUUGCCCUUUUUGAUAAAUUGAAAGGAUAACGUAAGAGUAAAUAUAAAGCAUGUCAGGCCUCUUUCCUGAAGCCAUAUCUUCUCUUUAAAGCUCUUCUCUUGCUUGUCUGUCACAAACCUGGUUCAAUAUGCAUUUGUGCCAUCUGCAAAUCAUGGCUUUCCUUUUAGAGGCCAAACACUUUUUCUUCCGUGGGGCAAGAUAUGUUUGGGUUAAUUGCUUACAGGAUUGCUUUAACUCUUGCUAAGGCAGCAUCCCCAGGUCAGGUGGAUCCUGGCGUGUGAACUGACUCCCUUUUGAGCUGGGUGGUGGCAAGAGCCUGACGAAAUAGAGGAGUAAAGAUUUCUGGAGGCCCAUCAUCCCUGACCUAGCGUACGCCCUCUCAGCACUCCAUGGCUGGCAGUCACUUUAUCUCUUGAAAAAAAUGAAAAAAACGAUAAAGUUAUACCAGCGCUUACUCCGACCGCCUUGUGUAUGUUUGAUUCUGCCUUCAUGAGCUCUUGAGCUUUGUCCUUUGGAUUUUGUGUUGCUAAUUACAUGGGGUGUGACUGUUCAGAGGUCAUGGCUUGGUGAAGUGGUUUUGAGAAUUCAAGUAAUGUUCACCCAUUCCUAAUUGGGAUGACUCAUGUGAGUAACUCCUGCGUUGAAAGAAGGUCUAGAGAGCUGAAUGAAUAGGAAGUCCUGAUUGCCCACAGAGGUUGCUGAAGUGUCACGGCCAGCGGCUUGCCUGCCAGCCAAGCUUUUGCGCUCAGAUGCCUUUGUGGGUUGGGAGGGAGGCUUGUGAAAGUCUCGCAUAUCUUGAAGGCCGGGGAGCUUGGUCACAGAUGAGCGGAGGAGGCCUGGCCGGCAGUGCGCCCGCUUCUCCAAAGCCUCGCAGAGCUCGCCUUUAAAUCAAGGGGCAAGCAGACCUCUCUUGUUUGCUGCUUCCAAAGUGAAAAGCGACGCGGGUGCCCAUUGUGACUCCUUGCCUCGUCCGGAUCACCCCUUUUCAUUUAAGAGAGAGUCGCGUGCCGUGUAACGCUGGCUGUGGCCUUUCCGCUCCACCUGCCAAGCAUCCUCUGCUUGGAAGGAAAGCACCAACUCCUUCCCAGAUCAAGGCAGGGCCUGGCUGGACCUAGCGGGACGCUCGGGCCUUUGAAUGACGUGCAGCAAACAGUGGGCCGUGUACACAGUGCGAAGUGGCUGGUUGCUGCCACGGCUUCUUUAGGAGUUGCUUUGGAAGGAGACAGUAGAUUUUUCAGCCCAGGUUCCCUGGCGUUAACUAGGUUAAAGUGCAUAAGUUUGUCCUGUAGGAGUAGCUUUAGAUUGCAAUUUCAUAUGUCAAUUACCGGUUUAUAGUCCGAUUGCUAAAAGGGCAUCUGAAACACAAGCGGAAAUCAUGAGCCGACCUGUGAAUUUCACUUUGAAUAGUUUUGUUUUUGAAGUGUUUCGUGACUGAGCUCUGUUUCUAUCUAGAAAUAGCCCUAAAUGUACAAUAUUAAGUUUUUGGAAAAUGCCUUUAAAUUUUAACUUCAAAUGGAAAAAAAAACCUUUUGCAAAUGCUGAAUUUUUCAGGGAUACCUCAUGCAGAAGAGAACCACAGAGCAGCUAGCUUAAACGGACACAGUUCUUCUACCCUGAACAAAGCCACUCGUGUGUGCCUUAGGGUCACUGCACUGCACGUGACUUUUCGAGAGAAGAUGCCUGCAUCUCUUUCCAUUCCAAUUGUCUGCUUCGAAGUGUUCCUCUUUACAUUGGGAGAGUUGGCAUGAAACUGAAUGCCCUGUCGGAUCAGAUCGAGUCUGCUGUCUGCUCGCUUUUGGUGUGACACCUGGGGGAGGGGGAAGCCGGAGCCCCUGGGGCCGGGGUGGAUCGCAGCUGUGGCCUCGGAGUUUCCCGGUCUCGGCACCCUGCCGAAACUCUCUUGGGGAGUGUAAUCGCAUUUAGGCUGGUGGCGAUGACAAAAUGCAGGGCAGUGUUCUCACAAGGGUUUCGCAUCUACGUUAAUCCCAGAGAGGGGGAGAGCUUUGCUCACCGCUUCAACAUGUGCUGUUUGGAAACCAGAACUUUUGUGCCGUGCACACUUAGGUGUGAGGCCUGCAGCAAAUGGAUGCCUGUUGCAGUUGAUGCGGGGAGUGGAAUUGGCCCACGGAGUGGAGUGCGCGGGUCCUGCGGACACAGCGCCUGCCACUCGGCUAGAAGCAGGGCCUGCAGGUGAGGCAUUGUGCUGACUCGGUGAGGACAUGAUGCUGGAGUCUGUUGCGGAAAGGUGGCUGGUUCGAGCAUGAUGCUCGCCCGCCUUGUUUCUUUCUACUCUGCACAUGCGCCGCAGAAGGAGCUGAUGUGGGAGGAGCCAGGUGUUCUGUCCGCCACCUUCUAGCAGCAGAAGCGGAGACAGACUCCAGCAGCAUUGCGCUAGGAGCCGUGUAGUCCACGCUCGCUCCUGGGCUCGUUACCUUGCAUUAAGAUUGUAUGUGCCAGCAGAUAGCAAACACUAACUGAAAAGAACCAGUUCCUUUAACAAAAUAGUUAUAGAGCUCAUGGAGAGAAGUUGAAAUGUUGUUAGACUAUAGAGUAAAACUAUUUUCGUGUUCGGUUUGGGAUAUUACUUACUGAGCUUUUAUAUGAACCUUUGCAAGUGUUUUGGUUUGUUACACCUGUACUGUGCAACCUGUGCUGUUCAAAACUGCCCUUCAAAGAAGAGGCGCCCAUGCCCUUCUUUGAGGCAAAGGAAGCCAUGUUUUCCCCUGCUAAGAGGGAAAUGAAUAGCCCCCUUUUAACAAUACAGCUGUCUUCUGUGCCCUUCCUCCGAGACUGCAGAAGGACAUUUGAGCAUGCAGAUUUCACGAUGUACAUGCUCACCAUUAUCCCUGGCCUGUUUGGUUCUGGUGCAGGAUGAGAAUGUGUGAGUGGAUUCUGCUCUCUUAUCCGUUUAUCCAGUGUCAGCAGCGUACAGACAGGAAGGAUUUUGUCUCUCCCCCUCCCCUUUGGGUUUUAAUGUGAGGGGGAACCGUAUUUGUUCAAGGUUUGGGAUAUGGGACUUCAGUUCCAGUAAGAAAGGCCAGCUGGGGGGACUUGACUCAGAAGGGAAUAGGUCGCAUGAGGGGGCAUUGAUCCUGCUGUUUGUGCCUCAGCUUACUUGACAUUUCAUGCCAGGGUGAACCAAUUCUAACCUCAAAAGAAGCUGCUGGAUCCAGAGAAAUUUCAGCUAAGCCUCUAGCAAACUCUCUUGCUUCUGGAAGUAGGACUACUCGACAAGAUUGUAAAAGCUUCCUUUGUCUGUACAACUGAGAAUGUGGUUUGGAAAAACACUUCAGAGUUAAAAGCUGUUCACUUUCCUUAUAGAAAUGGCUGUUUUUAUAAAUGACUUCAGGAUUGCAGUGAGUGCUCAUUAAAAAUCCUAGAUUUUGUA